UAGUAUGGAGUAGUGCCCAAGAAACGUGUCGACCACGGGAUUGAUUCAUUAACUACCUUAUAAAUAAUCCUAAAUAGCUGUGUCCAAAUGGAUAGCUAGGUCGAUAAGAAGAUUGAAAACAAUGGAAGUUGCUGAUGGUCUGCAUCUGGGUUUGGGUUUGGGUUGUGCAGUAGUAGCAGUGCUGCUGUUGAUUUUCUACCAUGGAUGGAAAUUACUGAACUGGGCAUAUCUUAAGCCAAAGAAGAUCGAAAAGUCGUUGCGGAAACAGGGUCUCCGCGGGACUCCAUACAGACUGUUGUAUGGAGAUUCGAAGGAUAUACUCGCCAGCUUCAAGGAAUCUCAGACUCACCCAAUCAAUCUUAAUGACGACAUCAAGCCUAGGGUUUGGGGAUUCUUCAUGAAAUGCAUUCAGAAAUAUGGGAAGGAUUCGUUCUUCUGGUUUGGGCCGAGGGCUACAGUUUUCAUUUCUGAUCCUGAACUGGUUAAGGAAGCCAUGAACAAGAUGAAUGUGUUUCAGAAGCAGACUAGCUCGAAUCCGCUGGCCAGUUUGCUUGCAAAAGGCAUCGUCACCUAUGAGACAGAUAAAUGGGUCAAACAUAGGAAGCUCAUCAAUCCUGCUUUCCAUCUCCAAAAGUUGAAGCUGAUGACGUCGGCAUUCGUGUCGAGCAGCGAAGAGGUCUUGGAGAAAUGGGAGAAUCUGAGUGACGGAUCCAAAACCUUUGAAUUGGAUGUGUGGCCUCAUAUGCAGAAAAUAACAAGCGACGGCAUUUCAAGAACAGCAUUUGGCAGUAACUAUCAAGAAGGGAGAAGGAUUUUCGAACUACAGAGAGAAUUGGCUGACUACGUCAUUACGGCUUCUCGAUCCAUAUAUAUUCCAGGAAUGAGGUUUCUACCAACCCAAAGGAACAGGAGAAUGAAAGAAAUCGACCGAGAAGUUCAGUUCUUGAUUCGGGGCAUCAUCUCCAAAAGGACUAAGGCAAUGAAAGCCGGGGAGGCAAGUAAUCAAGAUUUGUUGGGCAUACUUUUGGAGUCCAAUUUCAGAGAAAUCGAAAGCCAGGGAGGCAACACAAGUUUUGGAAUGACAAUUGAGGAAGUAAUCGAAGAAUGCAAGCUGUUUUACUUCGCCGGGCAGGAAACCACGUCCACGUUAAUCGUGUGGACGCUAGUUUUCCUUAGUAGAUAUCCACAUUGGCAGAAUCGAGCUCGGGAAGAAGUUCUUCAAGUCUUUGGGAACAAGAAAGCGCCCGACUACGAUGGCACAAAUCAUCUCAAGAUCGUGAACAUGAUCUUUCUCGAGGUCUUGAGGCUUUAUCCGCCGGCCGUGGCUCUUGGGCGAAGGGUGAAUGAAGAAACCAAGUUGGGGAAACUAACACUAGAAGCUGGUGUGCAUAUAAUCAUGCCCUUGAUCGUCUUACAUCAUGACCCCGAAAUAUGGGGAGACGACGCAAUGGAAUUCAACCCUGAGAGGUUCAGCGAAGGAGUGUCGAAAGCGCAGAAGAAUAAUCAAGGUAUAUUCUUCCCAUUCGGAUGGGGGCCUCGAAUAUGCAUCGGGCAGACCUUUGCAAUGGUCGAGGCAAAAGUCGCAUUGGCUAUGAUUUUGCAGCGAUACUCCUUCGAGCUUUCGCCGUCUUAUACGCAUGCUCCUAUCGCCACCUUAAUACUUCAGCCUCAGCAUGGCGCUCACUUGCGGCUACACAAGCUUUAGGCAGCCCAACCCAACCUACCUUCGUGUCUUUAGACACAAAUAUAUUUAUACAUACAUACAUGUAAUAUUUCACCGUUGAGUUGUUGAAUAAAUGAGAAUAACAGAGUAUUUUAUGUUUCUUUGGUUUUGACGGAAAGAUUUAAUUUAGAUUUUGUAUUUUUUUUGAAAAAGGUGCGGAUU